UUUGUCGUGGAGGGAGCCGUGAAGAGGUGGUAGUUCAACACCCUUCUCUCCCGUUACUCAGCGCGGUCUUCGCAGGGAGCAUAUUGUGGAGCUAUGCCUGUAUCAGGCGACGGUGGCGUGACGCAAACGGAUAGGGUUGGAAGCCGGCGAGGUGGUUGUGCGGGUGGGGGUGACCAGGUCCAACCAAGCGGCGGAACUCAUUCGCCGACGGCCGACCGCGAACAGUCAUGCCGCAUUGGAAGCGGUCUCGACGGCAGUAUCGCUUCGGCUGACACGUCCCGGCUGGGCUGGUCCUCCUCGUCCUCCUCUUCCUCCUCUUCGCCGUCCUCAUUAUCAUCAUCGACAGCAGGGCCAUCGGCGGAGGUGCGAGAGGCGGAGAACGACGUGGGUGACUCAUCGUCAUCUCUGCGGUCGAGCGCAUCGUACGACUCGGUUUCGCUCGGCGAUGCCAACAGGGAUUGCGACGGCGAGCUUGUUGCCGACAACGCAGUGCCGGGUGGCUCUGUUGGAAGUCUUGCGAUUGAGCUCGACCGGUCGUGGAAGUCGGAUGGUCUGCCCGAGGUGGCGACCGAGGCCGAGGCCGAAGCCGAGGCCGAGUCUGACGAAGCGGUGAUGCGGGCGAUGCGCGGCAACCUUGAAGCGUGGCAGGUUACGGCGCCAAUGGCCAAGGGCCGAGAGACUGUGACCAGAGGCUGGAAGCGCGGACUGCGGGGUCUGCUGUUGUCGCUUGUGGAUGCGCGAACACCGACGUUUGUGCGGCCGCGAGUGUCGAUGCAGAUUGUGCCGCUGGUGGUGACCGGCAUCGAGUUUAUACAACUCUUUACGCUUGCGCUAUUUAUCUCAAGACUUGCGGUGCCCGACGCGAUGAUGCGCAUAUUUUCUGUGGCCGCACUCGACUUGCUCAUUGGAUUCUCGAGCUCGAUCGGCAGCGGCGUUGUGUCAGUGUUUGCGGCUCUCGCGGUUGCGGCGGUGACGUGCAACGCGGCGGUGCUCUACUCGCUGAGAAGCGGCUCACCAGAGCCGCCAGCCCUCGUCUCCCGUGUUGCGUCUGGGCUUGGGCGAGUGCUUGGGAGGGUUCUGUACCUGCCGGCCCUACAUGCCCUGCUUCAACCGCUGGGGCAUCUGUGGGGCUGCGAGUGUGCGAGCGAAUGGGGCCUGGGCGGUGCGAUGUUUGCGGCGAUUCUGGUUUCAGUGCAUGCGGUAAUGGCGUGUGUGCUGGUGGCGAACCUGUUUCCUGCGGACCCGCGGUCGGGACAUGUGGCACGGCGGGCGAACUCUUGGCUAGACGUGAUGAUCCUGUUUGGCAAGACGUGGUGGGCGGUGGCGGCGGUCGCUACCGAUGCCCAAACCAUGCGGCUGGCCGUGCUAGUGUCACUGGCUGGGGUGGCUGCGGUUUUGGCAGGCGUGACGUGCCUGAUGCAACCGUUCUUUGUGGCAGCGAUGAACAAGGCGUACUGCGGACUGUUUGCUGGUCUCGCUGCAGUCAUUGUCGUGCUUGCCGGUGCUUGCAGCGACAACUGCGGGAGCGAGCUGUCAAUGGUGGCUGUGGCGUCGUCUUUGCUCAUCGGACUCGGCGCCGGAGCGCUCGGCGCUCGAGUUGUGGCGCCUUCGCGAAAGUCGAUGACGAUUAUCUACUAUGUCGGAAGAAUGCUUCACAAGCUGGAGCUCGGGUAUGUUGCUGCCGACGUGUACGAGUACAAUCUUGAGCGACUGCUGGUCUCUCCGCAACGGCUGGGGCUGUACGGCAACUACCUUGCGAUUUCGGUGCAGGACUAUGACGGAGCGAAUGUGUUUUUUGAGGCUGCGUUUGCGCAUGGGGUGACUGGUACGCACAUCGGCCAGGUGGCGGCGUGGCGCGGGUCGCUUGGCGAGGAGUCGACAAUGGCGACAGCGUUUGUGGAGCUUGCGCUGCGGCUGACAGCGACGCCUCGGGCGGUGGUGCUCUCGUUUUGCACAUCGCCGUCACUUGACACUCCCCAGCGGAACAUCGACAUGAUGUUUCUCCACUUGCGGCAGCUUGUGCGGGAGAUCGACGACGUGGAACUGAUGUACACUACGCUCAACACGGCAGAGGUCGUGGCGGCGACAGAGAAAUCCCCGCAGUUCCCGUUCCUCCUUCAGCAGCUCCUCUGGUCGCGCUUUGGCGGCAGCCGUUUGGCGCAGCUUGGCUCGGCACGUGAGCAUGUGGUGGCGCGUUUCAUGGCAUUUGCCGCCAAGCAUCGCAGUACACUCUCGGAGGACUCGGUCAACGUACUCGCUGACAUCAUCCGGGGACCCGAACAUCUCAUGGCAAGCUCGACGCUGGCGGCAGCGAUGCAGUCGCAAGUCACGAUUAUUGUCGACAUGCCCAGUGCGGUCGGAGGCUUGAGUGUUGGUGGCAUCGACAUGUGGAGCUCGGUGACACGAGUUAACGAUCGCGAAUGCAAUGAGGCAUCACCGAGCUCGCAUCGGUAUGGAUUUGGCGCUGUGCUUGCACAUGCGCUCACCGAGUUUAUCAUCUCUCUGAGCGUGGGCGGCGCGGAGGCGACUGUGAUCAUGGUCGAAAACUACAACGUGGUGGACCGGGCGACCCACGCUGCGCUGCGUGUACUGCUGUGCGAGAAGCCCGAGAUCUCGCUUGUAGUGGUGACUGAUGCACGGGCCCACAAAGGCGGGCGUGUGCUGGAUGAGGCGUGUGGAGUCUGGGCAGCCGAUGGCGACGCCAUAGACGGGGCUCUGGACGAGUCAGUGGCGUGCCUCAGCACGUGCACAUCGAUUGAGCGCUUUCGCCUCGAGAUGAUGGGCGGGUCAUCGGCAAUGGCUAAGCUCCCGGGCAUGGCUGGGCUGGCGUUUGAUGUCGUGGUGGGUGAGUCGACACGAGUGUGCGCGAUCUGCUGUGCAAGCCAUGUAGCGCGCGAUGGCAACUGGCUGUGUGAUACAGUUCCGGAGCGCAACCCGUCUGAGGGCUGGGUUGCCCGCGACUCGGGGUCUCUUGCUUCUGCGACGAUUGUGUUUGAUCCGCUGUUCCGAUGCGACGAGUCUGACGUUGCCGGUACGAAUGCAUCAGCCGUGACCGAGUCGCCUUUGGAUCCACCCACGCCUGGCAUAAGCACGCCUGACGAGUCUUGCAACGGGCUGGUGGGGAGUGGGCUGUCGACACGGAGUACCGUGAGCUUGGGAAAUGGCGGCGGCAACAGUUUGCUUAUGCGUCCCGAGUCAGGGCGAGCACAGACAGCCUUGUCGCACGGAGAGGUCUCGAGCGACGUCAGCGCACGGCGUCCACCGCGGCCGGUGCGGAGCACGCCGUCGCGACGCAAGCGCAAGAGUGACAGGCCAGGGCCACAGCGGAGCAAGCGCCGGGUAGCGCCGGGACUGAUGGGCCUCGACAAAGUGCAGGCCGAAGUUGCGUCGCAGCAAGCGCUGAGCUCGAUGUGGCUGGGAGGCCGGGCAUCGUCGUCGACGUCAAAGCGGAUGGCAGAGAGCGGGGUGCUGUGCCAUGACGCGGCGCGAACGUGUGCAGCCUCGCUGCGCAGUGCCGUUCUUGACUCUGUGCUCAAGAGCCUUGACUUGCGCGGGCUCGACGAUAUGUUUGAUUCGGUGGCUGUCCUGCUCGAGUUGGCUGCGGUGGUGGGGCGGAGUCACGAUACGGCUGUGCUUGCGCUGGCGUAUGCCCGUCUGCGUAGCAAGCCAGAUACGCUGGGCGACACCGAGCUUGCCGCUAUGGUGCAGGCGGCGCAGCGGGUCGAGUUUCAGGUUGUCUUCCGGCUCUUAAGGCAGAUGGAAAUCCUCGAGUCGACGGCGAUGACCGAGCGGCCACAGUUUGCCUUUGUCUACGGCAUUGAGCGAUUUGCGCUGUUGGCAACGCUCUCGUCGCGGGCCAUAGAGUUCUACUCGUACCAUAUCGGGCGCGCAUUGGCCGAGACCGACCACAGCGUCUACUCCCAUCCUCUGAUGUACAUUGGAUGGAGCAAGGCGGCAUGGGACACGCAGCUGCUCAUCCCAGCUUACAUCGAGCUUGUGGGCAAGGAUGCGACGCGCAGCAUCGAGCGCGCCAGGGAACUCCUCCUUCUUAUCCACCACAACGACCGACUGCGUGGCUCCUCUGUAGUGCCUGCUCACAUGCAGUCGGCCGGACCGAGCACGUCAGAGAUGGACUCGAGGUUUGUGGACGGGGCAACACCCGACCUCGAGGCCGGACAGAGUGGAGGCAGCCCGGUAGGAAGUGAGGUUUUGGACCUUCUCACGCCGCACCUGCACCAUGUGGCGGCAAAGGUCCCGGGCAAGUACCUUGGCGAGGCAUCGUCGUUUGCCGAACGGGCCGAGGCGGCGUCUGGGUUUGUCAAGGUGAGCAUGGCGGAUCGGCAGCUUGCGCUCACCGUCUAUGCGGUCGACUUGCUGCGGCGGGCCACCAGCGCACUCUUCAAUCACAACGUGGAGACGGAAAACAUUGACGAUGUUGUAACGCUGCUGGAUGCGCAUGCAAACGACGUUGAGUCACAACUUGGUGCGAACUCUGUGGAGACUCGUGUACGGUUUGUACAGGGAGAUCUGGCUGCGGCACACGACUCGCUGGUGGCCGGGGCCAUGCUUGCGCGUGCAGAGGGCGUGACGACGACGACAAGCCGGAGCAUGCAGAAGAUGUACACGGCCGGUGGCUGGGUGCUGUGGAAGAUUGGCGAUUUUAAGCACUCGCACGCGUGGCAGCGUAUUGCUCUGCGGAUGGCGCGAAUGCUUGACGACCCGUCGCUGACGGUGUACGCAAUGACUGGGCUCGGCAUUGCGGCGCGAGACAUGGGCCGGUCCGGCGAGGCUGAGGCGUGGCUGUUGCAGGCACGUCACAUCUCCCAGUGGAUCGGCAACUUGGCGUGGAUGGCGUACGUAGACUCGGCGCUUAUGACCGGGUACCUCCGGUCAGGCGAGCUGACCAAGGCGCGCAACCUGUGCAUCGAGACGUAUGAUAAGUGCGCACUGCCGUGGGCGGUGGACAAGGCGCUCACGACCCUUCUUUCAAUUGCUGUCUUGCAACACGACCAAACUAUGUUCCAGCACUGGCUCGCGACAGUCAUGUCGGCGUCUUCAUCCCGACUGGUCCUCGCUGACGCGCUGGCGCUUGCGGCUAUGCUCGCCAUGCAGGGCUUUCUUCUUGUCGAGGGUCUCGUGACCGGUGACAACGCGGUCCGCGCCAUGCGGCUCCCACACACCAUCACCGAGUGUCGGAGGCCCCUCAAGCUCGCCAUCUAUGGCUACGGCUCACUCGAAGUGGCGGCAGCACGUACGCGGUUACUUGCGGAAGAGGUGAAGGCUGUCGGGCUGGCUAUGGAACCAGCCAAGCUGGUGCCGUCCGAGGCGCGAGUGAUCCGAGCCGCGAUGAUGGCAGUGACGCUGGUGGCAGCGGAUGUGCUUGCGCGCGGACAAGAGGUCCUCGGCGAGCUGCAACUGCCUGGCAGUCGUCCAGCCAACAACAUCCUUGUCGGUUUUGACGCCAUUCGAGUCGAUUCACUCGCCGAGGUCGGGGCGACGCCGGCGGUCGACGACGCUGAGCAGUGGCCAGAGGCGAACUCGGAGCAGAUCGGCCGGACGCGCUGGGACGUUCUAGCGUACAUGAAUCUCGUACCGGAGAUGCGGGCCGCACUUUUGAAGUCGCGUCGCGCGGGAUUCAAGAGGUAUGACGGCGUGUUUGUUGCCGCCGAGCUUAUCGACUGGCUCAUCGAGUAUGGGAUGGCUUCGUCACGGGCGACGGCAGUCAUCCACGGCAUUCACAUGAUGGAGUACGGCCUCAUCGCACAUGUGGAGCGGCGCGAGAUGUUUGCGGACAGCUCGAACCUGCUUUUCGUGUUCUUUGUGUAGCACUGUAAAGCGUACGGCGACGAGA